AUGCAAGCGCGUUGCACUAAAGUAAGGUGCUUGUGCAGCGGCAGCGACAGAUGGUGGGCCCCUCUUCCCCCGGGAAGGCAAUCUCUACGAAUGCGAGCGCGUGUCAAUCACCCGCUCUCAUGUGAUGGCUCCUGCCAGUGACGUGCCCACCAUAUGGCCAGGCAUCAGAGCAGGUAUGUAACCCUGCCUGCUAGCGAUGCCACACUGCAUCUCUGCAGUCCGGGAAAGCGAUAACACAGACAACCGCGCCUCUCCUCCAACCAGUGUGAAAGAAACUAGAACGUAAAGAUGGUGUAGACGAAGCCUUGAACGAGCCGUUAUGUUGACGAGAUUAUUCAACGAAACUUCACUACUUUCGGACAUGCAGAAGUUCGCAGGGUGGGUGGAUGACAGUGGGAGCGAGAGUUCCAAAACCAAGGACGAAGAACAGGAGCACUGUCGUCUAGGAGAUGAGGAUUUUGACGAGGGCGAUGUGAGUCGUGCUCAGUCGGAGAUUGCAGAGGAUGAGGAUGACGAUGAUGAUGAUGUUGAUGAAGAUGAUUGCGGGGAUGAGGGGGAAGAAGACAGGCCCAAAAAACGCGGACCAAAAAAGGGCAAGAUGACGCCGGGUAGAAUAGAGCGCUCAAAAGUACGGCGGCAAAAAGCGAACGCAAGGGAGCGCACGCGCAUGCACGACCUGAACUCAGCGCUGGACAAUUUACGCAAAGUCGUGCCAUGCUAUUCAAAAACGCAAAAACUUUCCAAAAUUGAAACACUAAGACUGGCAAAAAACUACAUUUGGGCGCUCUCAGAAAUCCUGCGGAACGGAAAAAGACCUGACGUGGUUUCUUACGUACAGACGUUGUGCAAAGGCCUCUCACAACCCACGACUAAUCUUGUGGCUGGCUGCCUGCAAAUUAACUCACGGAAUUUUCUAACUGAACAAUGUCAAGAGGGAACGCGUUUUCAUGUACCUAACCCUUCAUUCUCCAUGCACGCAUAUCCAUAUCAGUGCACUCGUUUAUCUAGCACACAGUGUCAAUCCAGAAACAGUGCACAAAGUAUGCGAAAUCACUCUUUUUGUUCGUCUUACGAUGCUGUAUACACGGGGGGCACGUCCCCAGAAUACAACAGUCCAGAUUAUGAGGGCCAUCACAGCCCUCCGGUGUGUGUAAAUGGCAACUUUACUUUGAGGCAGCACGAGUCACUCUCACCAGACAAGGAAAGAGGUUAUAAUUAUUCUCUGAAUUACACCAGUCUACACAGCUCACGUCCUUCUGCAGCUCAUAGUGUUGCUUAUGGCCCUUCGGGAGCGCGCAGCGGCGGCGCGCAUUCCGAAAAUGUUCCACCGUUUCAUGAUGUACAUGUGCAUCAUGAUAAGGUGCCUGCAUACGAGGAACUGAAUGCCUUUUUCCACAAUUAGCUUUUAACACACAGUACUGACGACUUGUCUUCGUUACAAUAGGUUUACUUUCUUAUGAAUUCAAGUGAUUGAGGACUCUGGAACUUUCCUUUUACAUAUUAAACCCACAUAAUGGAAAUGGAUAAAAAUGUGUAGACAAAUUGGUCGGAAAAUGAAUUCAACUUAAAACAUUAUAGCGAGUGGGAAUAAUAUUUCUGCUGGUAAUCAAAUGUGUCAAUCACGUUGAGUCAAUGGUGUAUUAAGACAAGAAAAAAUUCUAAACAAAUUGCUGUUCCUGAAACGUAGACGGUUUCUGAUCACAUAAAUAAAGAGGCAUAUGGUUACAGAAUCAUCGGAGUCUUUAAUUUCCAUUAGGAACUGGUUGGACUGGAAUUUUAAGUAGCCUAUAGUCCAGUCAACUCAGGACAGGAUGGACAUAAAGUUAAAAGUAAAUGCAAUCAAAUAACUAAACACAAAAUUAAAACAAAUAAAUGGUAAACUACUAAAAUGAACAACAUAUCUUUGAAGAGCAUUAGGAUAUUUUGCAUUUACAAUCGUGCUGUGCCAUAGCUUUGUGUAAAGGCUAUGGAAGAUUAGGCCUGUGAAAAAAUGUAUGAUAAUUGUUAUAUUUCUACAUUCCUAAAUUGCUUUAAAAUACAAUAAUGCAUUUAAAUGCAAAAUGCAUUAAAGAUAUAAUUAGGAAUCAAAGAAUCAUUGUAACUCUUUUGCUGUCUUAAAUUUUUAUGUUAUUAAUGUUUUUUUAUGUUGUUGCUUUACUUCAACUCGAAAAAAUAAAUCGAUUAUAUAUAUAUAAACAAACAUACAGUACGCCUGCCUAUCUACAAUAAGCGGCCUUGUGCAGGGAUGAAGUAAGGUGUUGCGCAGGCAGGCGUUUAAGGUCUAUGUAAAUUAAGUUGGUGAACAUGUGAGGUAAAUGCAAAAUUGGGGUUAAAGGCAAAAUUACAUAUUACCGUGCAUCAGUCAUGAUGGGCGAUAAGACAGUCUAGGAAUCCCUAAAAAAUAUCUUAAUAAUUGCUCUACUAUGGUUUGCUUUCUGUGUACCAAACGCAGUUUUAUUAUUUUUAUUAUGAGCAUAUCAGUGCUUUGAAGCAGACAUAUUGUAACGCAUUAUUAUUAUUAGGCCUAUUAUUAUGAUUACUACUACUACUACUACUAGUAGUACUACUACUACUACUACUACUACUACUACUACUACUACUACUACUACUACUACUAUAAUUACACUCUAACAAAUAGGGCUUUUUUUAA